AUGGAGGAUAUAUCCAAGAAAGAAACCAGAGAGGGACAAUAUGGUGAGUGGAUGAGGGCGGCAGAAGAAGUUAUCAUUUCAGAAUCACAAUCAGUCAGCAAUAAUAGUGAUCCAUCUAUGAACCGUCCACUAGAACCAAAUUUAUCAUCUGAGCAGAGAGAGCAAUCUCAGAGCCAACAGGCCAAUGAAGAGGACAUGCCACUAAACUCUCCAAAUAACUUCGCUAUGGUGGAAUCUUCAUCAUCGAUAGUCAAGAUGGGAGAUAAUGCAGAGUCAGGGAAAGAGAAAAAUCUCUCCACACCUCACUGCCCAGCACAAGAGAGAGAUUGGAGUCUGGAGCUAAUACCAGAAGAAGAAGAAGUUAGAAUGGAAAUGCAAGAGCAGGCAGAACCAGAAGGCCAGAACCAUGAGGCUCUCAAAAAGCAACCAAGAUGGAAAAUGUUGAAAAGAACUUUAACAAAGACUGGCAAGAAAUGA